GAAGGAGGAGUGACUGUUCUCUUACUCAUUAACCAGACCGUCAAGUUGUUCGGCUCAGUGAACACACAGACACACACGCGAGCGCACAAGCACGAAGAAAACAGAAGAGUCUCGGGGACUUGGCUGGCUAUGGCACAAGGUUCUGACAGCAACGAUGCAAGUUACACCAGGUCUCCAUCUCCAGGCAGCAAGCAGGACUCCUCAGACGACGUGAAGAAGGUGAUGAGGAGGGAAAAGAAUCGCAUCGCAGCUCAGAAGAGCAGACUGAGACAGACACAGAAGGCCGACAGCCUGCACUUGGAGAGUGAGAACUUGGAAAAGGAAAACGCCGCCUUGCGGAAGGAGGUGAAGCAGUUGGAUGAGGAGGCCAAGUACCUGUCCUCCGUUCUCAGCAGCCACGAGCCACUAUGCUCUGCGCUCCUGCCUCAGUCCACCGACAUCCUCUACUCCCCCCACCAGGGGGCCUUCCACCAGCCUCAAGUGACCUCACGCUACCAGCACUGACCACUGGGGGCAGCAUAGAAGUGCACCUGUUCCUCUCAGUUUUUCUAUUGUCUGUCUCAAAGCAUGGAGCAAUGAACCUUCCAGGAUAGCUCACUGGGUUCAAAUCAGGCUGUCUGUAACCUGACAUAAGCGUGAGUCUACGGUUACAUGGUACGUAUAAGGAAUCAUUUCUUGAGACAAAUGGAAUAACCACCUCAAUGACGCAUCCUUAAGAAACUGAAUUAACUUAUCACUUUCACCACUGGACAGUUGAGUUAUGAUGGUGUUUAACAUGAUUUCUCAGCAACUGAUUUAGCUAUGAGUUUUGAAUAUUUGAAUGUCUGAAUAUUUGAAUGUUUUGUAUGUAAGAUUUCAGCAGGGUGAAAUAGUUGUUCCAGAAAGUAAACUUAAAUGUUUCAUUCUAAUAAACAGUAACAACCACAAGUAAUGUAUUUGUGAGUAAAGUGUAAUACAAUGCAAAUGUAAUACAAUGACGGCAGACUUAUUUUUGUGUCAUACGUGAGUAGAUUUUUAUUUUUAAAUGUCUUAUUUAUAUUAAGUGAUUAUGAUGUGAAUCAUAAGUAUUAUGAAAAAUGGCCUUGAAUUUUUGAUUCAGUUUCUGUAGUGGAGAUUGCUCUUGUUACAUAUUGGGAUUGUGAGGGGAAAAAGUCACCUUUGCCGACAUUUAUAACGAGAAAACGAGGAUUUUCUAAAGGAUACUGUCUGUUGGUUAUGUAGAACAGAGAUGUUUUUGGUUGUUGCAUUCAUCGUAAAAGAAUGUUUUAGGGUUAACACUUUAACUCAACAAAUACCUCGGCAGCACAAACAUACUGGCGAUGCUUUGACUGUAUAUUAAACGUGUCAUACGAGAUUACUUCGUAGUUUCCCUUUUCCUGAAUGGAAUUAGUAUUCAGAAACAAAAUAUCACGCGUAAUAUUCCCAGUUUUGUUAAUAUUACAAGACGUUUUAGUCAGCAGUCCUUUGAAUUCACCAGCAUGGGGCUGUAUGAGAAAAUUAACUUGAAAGCCUGGUCAUGAAAGCUUAGUGUGAACUUGUGGCUUUUAUGUGGAGAUUCGCGGGGAUUCAUUGGCUUAUUCUGCUUUCGAUUACCUGUGUCACUGUCUGUGAAUGUGCCUCCAGCCCUGCUUCCAAAGCUGUAAUGUAGUGUGUUUGCUUGGUGCACAUGUUAUAUAGAUUCUAGUUUUCUAUCGCAGCAUCGACGAGCGUGGUAAUCAAAUCCAUCUUACAGAAACCGCUGAACAUCUGCUGAUUAAUUUGUGCUUUUGGUUAUGCAAAGAAGUGAAGACAGCGAAAGAUCACACUGUGUUUUAGGAAGACGGUUUAGGGAAAAAACACCUUCCCCUGAAUUCUAUUUCGGGGAUUUUUUUUAUUAAUUUUUUUUAGACGGAAAGCGUAACAGUCUAAUGAAUCCUAAUAGAGCUGUUGGAUUUAAAUGUUGCGAAAUUUUCACAGGCACAUUUGAGAUGUCUUCAUGUCUGCUUUCUUGAAUAUAUUCUUGUACCAUAUUAAACCGGCGAAGUACCCGUGAUUUUUUGAUGUUUUGUUGCUCAUUAUGUUUCACUGACAGCUGCUCGUCAACAUGGUAAGGAACAAUUAUUGUGCUUACAGUAGAGGGCGCUAUUUAUCCGCUUGGAAAGCACGGAAUAUGAAUGUAUUUUAUUUUUAUUGCACCAUAAUCUGUGAUAUCUGAAUAUCACAAACGUCUUAUUAUUAUUAUGGGCUUUUAUUUUUCUUACAAUUAAAAUGUUUAAAAAACUA